UGUCAGCCAAUGUCAAUUUCGUUCUCAAGAUAUCGCAAAAACUUGUCAAUAAAUAAUAAAACUGACGUGUAAUUUGCUAAGAAUUACAAUAAAAUUUCAUGAGUGCUCCUUAACAAAUUUUAAAAAUGUCCGAUGGUGAUACAAGUGUUAACAAUGACGCAACAACAGGAGAAAAUGACGAUUCAAAAGUGGAAGCCGAUUCGUCUGUCGCAAUAUCUGAUCGUGAGGCGUACUUCCAGGCGCUACGAAUGUGGAUUCAACAAGCGCAGAUGUACCAAAACAUUUCCACUUGCUUCCCUUAUUACAUGAUGACCUUUCAGGGUUUCCAGAACAAUCCGACAAAUGCUCCUCUGUUAAACAAUAACUAUCAGUUUCAGGGGCCACAAUUUCCAUUUCAAAUGCCAAAUUUCAGGCCAGUUAUAGAAAACCGACCACCAGCAGAAAAUCUUACUCCUGCUGAAGUUAUUGCAAGACAUGGUGGUUAUGAAUAUGUAAUACCACCUCUUUAUAAGAGGUUGAUGGCAGAAUUCAUUGAUUUCAUUUUACUAUUUAUUCUCAAACUAAUUGUCACAUUCAUAGCUGUGGAUAUGUUUGAGUUGAUAGACUUGGAGAAGUUUGAUUUCUAUGAGUUCAGUGAACACUAUGACGACUACAAAUAUGCAAUGGAAUUGACUUCGGAAAUUUUAUUUUUGGAAGUAAUUUACAGGAUUUUAGUUUGUAUUUUUGAGGCAUUUUGUUUAUGUGGCAGUGUUGGUCGUACAGGUGGUGCCACACCUGGAAAGGCGCUCCUUGGUCUCCGAGUUGUAACUGCAUCUGCUAUUAUUCCAGUAGAAGGUCGCCCCAGAGAUACAGUUCUGUUAUACCCUGGCCGUCCUCUAACAUUCCUCCUUGCACUAGUUCGGUCUUUAAUGAAAAACUUCCUUAUUUCCCUGUUAUUUCCAUUAUGUGUGGUAUUAUUUGUAUUCAGUCAUAAUCGCACAGGUUAUGAUAUCCUAUGUGGUGUUAUUGUUGUUGAAGAAAAUAUGUACCCGGCAAGGAGGCAUGCACCUUAGAGAUAAGGUAGUGUUUAGAUUGUACAUGUAUGUUUCCUGUAAUAAUAAAGUUUACCUAAAUACUAUGCCCCAACA